GAUACGAGUUGUUUCGCUUUUUAUAUAAUGACAAGAGAUAUGUUUGUGAAAUAUACUUUUUUGAAUGGUGCGCGUUAGGCAUAUGGUUUAGUCAUUUAUAUGUGAAAAUUCGGUGAAACAAGUAAUAAGUGAGAGUGUUAUACGUAAGGUCUACGAAGAAAAAGUGCUGUCCUAAAAUAUUAAUUGAAUAAACGGACUUCAAUUACUGGACUUACAUAUUUUAAGAACCCGAUCGAAAGUGUACUGUGACUGAAACAUUUGAAAAUAAAUUUUUGAUAAAGCGAAGCUGUCGUUUGAACUUCAAUUUUGAUCUAUCAAAUGGAUUCGAAAGAGGGUGUGCGAGUUUGGUGCGAUGGGUGCUACGAUAUGAUGCAUUUUGGUCAUGCCAAUUCAUUGCGACAAGCUAAAGCACUCGGCCAAAAGUUAAUAGUUGGUGUGCAUACAGACGCCGAAAUAACCAAACACAAAGGACCGCCCGUUUUUACGGAACAAGAACGGUACAAAAUGGUCCGAGGCAUUAAAUGGGUUGAUGAAGUUAUUGAGAAUGCACCCUAUGUGACGACAUUAGACACACUGGAUGAGUACAAUUGUGAUUUUUGCGUUCAUGGAGAUGAUUUGACCAUGACAGCCGAUGGAGUCGACACUUAUCAUAUGGUAAAAACAGCGAAGCGAUAUAGAGAAGUGCCACGAACGGCUGGAAUUUCCACAACCGAUUUGGUGGGUCGAAUGCUACUGAUGACCAGAAAUCAUUUCCGUCAAGGGACCCAGGAGUAUUUGAUUGAAAAGGAAGGUUCAUCAACAAUGGGUCAAGAUGCAAAGGCCAGAAGCCCUUGGACUGGUUGUUCCCAAUUUUUACCAACUACUCAAAAGAUCAUUCAAUUCAGCGAUGGCAAGGCACCAGCUGAGACUGAUAGAAUUGUGUAUGUAGCUGGAGCUUUCGAUUUGUUUCAUGUGGGACAUUUGGAGUUUUUGGAAAAGGCAAAGCAAAUGGGCGAUUAUUUGAUCGUUGGUCUGCAUACCGAUCCGGUCGUCAACCAGUAUAAGGGUAGUAACUACCCGAUAAUGAAUCUCCAUGAACGAACGUUGAGUGUAUUAGCAUGCAAGUAUGUGAAUGAGGUGGUCAUUGGAGCUCCCUAUUCUGUGACCAAAGACUUAAUGGAUCAUUUCAAAGUCAGCAUUGUGUGUCAUGGCAAAACACCGAUAUCAAACGAUGUUGAUUCCAGCGAUCCAUACGCAAUUCCAAAAAUUAUGGGAAAAUUUGAGAUUUUAGAUUCAGGUAGUGAUAUGACCACCGAGCAAAUUGUCGAGCGUAUCAUUCGCCAUCGAUUGGAGUACGAGAAUCGCAAUAAGCGGAAAGAGAAAAAGGAACUGGAAGCUUACGAAGCAUUCCAAAAGGCGAAAGAGGCAGAGAAGGCCGGAUAGUCAUCAUAUUGUCGACCGGACGAUUAAAACAAAAAAAAUAUAAUCUCUUUUGAUCGGAGAGUAUAAUUCUUCGGAAAAUCAAUUACGUCACUUGACGAUUAUACUUAAAAAUCUAUUAAUCAAUUUGCUUUUCGUUGUAUUUACCCGGUUUUAAGACGAUGGAAACCAAAAGGAAAAAAUUAAUAAUCAAAUUUCAAGUAAAAUAUUAUAGUGCCAGUGAAUGCUUCGACGAAUGUGGUUGUGUGAAUUUGUGGACACUUUUUUAAGGCUUCUGACUAGUGAGUGUAAUUGAAUCAAUGAGACAUUAUGUAAACGCGUUUCUUCAAAAAUAUGGAAACACCUUUUCUCUGCACCUGUUGAAAAUCGUUUUUUUUCCUUAGUUUUUUCUUCUUUCUUUAAUUUAUAAAUUUGUUGCUGCCUAAUCGUAUUUUCGGUCUGUGAAAUUCUAUACCAAAUAUUUGUAAGAUCAGUGUAUCGCAUCUACCUUCAAUUUUGUAGCGCAUGUUGAACAUAUUUUUUAUUGAUGUAUAAGUCAUCGGCAGUGAAAUAUUAACCAAAAUGAAAAACGAUUUUUUUUUACAAAAUUUUACUUUUUAGUCUUUUAAUUGCUCUUGUUGUGUACACACAGAGAAAAAUGUAAUUAUUUUAAUGGACAGCAGACAUACAAAUUACCGUGGUAUAUGAAAUAUAAAUAAAUAAAAAAUAAAUUACAAAUCAACCAACAAAAAA